AUGAGUUUGCAUGUAUUGCCCAAUGAAUUGUUGCGUUUGAUAGCCGAUAACUUGCAAUCGACAAGUGAUGUCAAUUCGUUCGUCCAAACACAUACUUGGUUUUUUGCUGCCCUGAACUCAUACCUCUAUCUUCAAAAUAUUCGCUCUGGAAGUUCGGCAUUGAUUUGGACGGCAAAGUUCGGGCGUCCAGUAGCGGUUCAAAAGCUGAUGGACGAAGGUGCUGAUGACUUAGCGGGCCGCACGCCAUUGAUUAUCGCUUCGAAAAACGGACAUGAAGCGGUUACCAAGUUGUUACUCAACUCGCAUGGGGACAAAUCUGACUCCAAGGAAUUAUUUGGGCGGACGCCGUUAUCUUACGCAGCACAGAAUGGGCAUGCCGCAAUUGUGGAGUUGCUACUUAUGGCUAGUGGGGUCGAUCCAAAUUCAAGGGACGAACAAGGACAGACGCCGAUAUCAUGGGCGGCAGAGUACGGACGGGAGACGGUGGUCAAACUGUUGUUUGCUGAAAAACGGGUCAAUCCGGACUCUAAAGAUUCUAAUGGGCAAACACCACUAUUUUUCUCGGCACAGAAUGGGCACGAAGAAAUUGUCAGGCUACUGCUUGUCACAAAGGGUGCUGAUUCAGACUUGAUGGAUAAUUUGGGUUGGACACCGCUGGCGUUGGCAGCACAGCUCGGACGCGAGGGAGUGAUCAAGCUCCUUCUUGCCUCUGGGCACGUGAAUCCAGAUACCAAAAACUACCUCGGGAGGACACCUCUUUCUUUGGCAGCAGAGAAUGGACACGAGGCAGUCGUCAGGCUCUUGCUCUCCACGGCCAGGGUUGACCCGGACCCAAGGGAUUCUGAUGGACGGACGCCAUGUUCGCGCGCAGCACAUAAAGGACAUGAGGCAGUCGUCAAGCUUCUAUGUGCUCAAGAACGUGUGCAGAAAAAUUCAGUAGAUAAAUACGGAAUGACGCCUCUUUUUUCUGGCAACACGGAAAAGACACGAGGCAGUUAUUAG